AUGCAUAUAAAUAAUGCUCCAGUGCCAUUGGGCGCCUGGUCUGGCGUGAGAGAUGCCAUCGAACCUGGCAACCAGUGCGUGCAAUACGAUGGAUUUGCUAAGGCCAUCGUGGGAGAUGAGGACUGUCUCUUUCUCAAUGUCUUCACCCCAUGUCUGAGUUCUGAGAGUGACAAUGGCACUUCACUUGCUGUACUCUUUUGGAUUCAUGGCGGAGGAUUCUUGAGUGGGUCCAGCAAUAUGUUUCAGCCCGAUCCGUUCAUGGAUAAUGGAGUGAUUCUUGUCACUAUCAACUACCGUAUUGGGCCGUUGGGUUUCUUGGGUCUUGAUACGCUGGAAGCACCAGGCAACGCUGGACUAAAGGAUCAACGGAUGGCUCUGCUCUGGGUGAAAGAGAAUAUUUCGGUGUUCGGUGGGGACCCUAACAACAUCACUCUCUUCGGACAGAGUGCAGGUGGAGCUUCAGUGCAUUUUCAUGUCUUGUCACCUCUAUCCAAAGCGCGCGACCCCGCGGGCCGGGCGCGGCGCGUGGCGCGGGCGGCGGGGUGCGACGCCCGCACCGCCGGGGAGCCGGCGGCGCUGCUGCGGUGGCUGCGGGCGGCGCCGGCGCCGGCGCCGGCGCUGGUGGCCGCGGCCGACGCCGCCAAGACGCCCGAGGAGCGGCGCCGGGGCGUGCUGUUCGUGCUGGUGCCGUGCGUGGAGCCGCCGCACCCCGCCGCCUUCCUCCCCGCGCGCCCGGAGGAGCUGCUGCGCCGCGCGGACGCCUCGCGGGUGCCGCUCGUCUUCGGCAUCACCACGCACGAGGGCAUGCUCAAUCUGCCAGUCAAACUUCUAAGAGCGCUUGCCCAUUCAGUGCGGGGGGCGGAGGGGUUGGCGGCGGCGGAGGCCCAGGCGCUGGCGGAGCUGGCCUCGCACCUGGAGCGGCUGCUGCCCGACGACUUGGACCUCCGCCGCCCGGAGCGCUCGCGUCGGCUGCUCCGCCACGUCAAGGACUUGUACUUCGACGGCCAGAAGCUCUCGGAGGACACGCUGGAAGGACUCGUCAAUCUUUACACCGACGUCAAUUACGCGUCUGGAAUACUCCGUGCGGCUGACGAACACUCCCGUCUAGGGUCGCCCGUGUACCUCUACGAGUUCGCCUUCCGCGGCCUCCUCAACUUCGUGGGGGCAGCCCUGCGCAGCAAGGUGCAGGGGGUGUGCCACGGCGACGAGCUUGCCUACCAGUUCCGCAUCCCGGGGCUGCCCGACCCGGCACCCCACAGCGCCGAGGCCUUAGUUCGGCGGCGCAUGGGGAGGCUGUGGGCUAACUUCGCAACGACUGGGCAAACAGAAUAUAAACUUAUGAAAAGGCGAUGGUAA